UGCUUUUGUUAUUCAGUACAAACUAAGCCUUCGCGCAGAGUGGUCUAUAUCAUAUUAAAUAAAUAUUAAAGUGCCAAAGUGUAAAAAGUUAUAGUGGGAAACAUUAAAGAAACCAACAUGUCUUCGCCGGUGAUAGUGAAGCAGUUUCCAUUGGAGAAGGAGUACGCCAAGAAGACCGGGGUCACUCCUGAGGAUGUAGCCAAGCUGCGGGCCUGGCUGACCACUCAGCCGCACCUGCCGGGAGAUCUCAUUACAGACCUAGAACUAGUCCUCGUGUACCACUGCUGCCAACGCAGCGCCGAGGUCUCCAAGCAGGUGCUGGAUCUGCAUUUUACCCUCAAGACCCUCUUCGAGAACUUGUUCAAAGACCUGUUAGUAAACGAGAAGAUCUUCGCCUCUCUUUCUGCCGCCGUGGUGAUGCCGUUAAAAGCACGUGCUCACGACGGCUCAGCAAUCACCUAUUGCAGCAUCAUUGACCCCGACGCCAAGAAGUACGUCUUCAUCGAUGGACUCAGAGUGGCCCUCCUGUUAUUGGACCUCUGGCAAGAAGAGGAGGGCACGUGGCCCGGGCUGCAGAUCAUCUUCGACAUGAGGACCUUCAGCCUGCAGCACCUGGCUAAGAUGGACUUGCAUACUGUGCAGCAGUUCAUGUAUUAUCUCCAGGAAGCCAUGUUAGUCCGCGUCACCGGGAUCCACUUCAUGAACGCACCGGCCUUCAUGGACCGGGUCCUGAUGCUGAUCAAGCCCUUCAUGAAGAAGACCCUCAUGGACGUGCUGUUCAUACACCAAACAGGGUCUGGGACCUUGGAGAAACAUAUACCAGUCGAGGGGCUGCCUGAGGAAGCGGGGGGAGAGUUUAUAUCUGUGAUGAAGGCCAGUGCGAACCUGCAAGAGCGCCUAAAACUAAACAAAUACUUCUUCGAACGAAGGAACAAGCGGCGCGUGACAGAGGCGCUCCGCCCCGGCCGGCCCACGACCAUCACCGACAUCUUCGGGGGCAUCGAGGGAUCCUUCAAGAAGCUGGACAUCGACUAGUCUUCGUCGUAGUAUCGUAUCGACAUCUUCGAGGGCAUCCUUCAAUAAGAAGUUAGGCAUAGACUAGUCUUCGUCGUAGUAAAUAGAAUUUGUCGUAGCAAAAGUGGUGUGGGUGGUACAGUCUAAGAACAAAACGUGCCCCUUAGUUCAUGCAUCCAAAACAGAUGGCGCUGUACUGGGCCAUGUUUUGCGGUCACUGAAUUGUCAAACGUCAACUUUUGACAAAGUUACCGCAAAAUUUCUGCAGCUGUACAGCGCCAGCUCGUGUUCCUGUCAAAUUCGAAGCACGAAUUUUUUUUAUAUUUUACUGAAUCAACUCAUAUUCAACGGUCGUAGUAUCGGACCAACUCAACGGCUAAAGGUGACAAUUCGAACUGUAAUACUGUCGCGGCAACGCCGCCGCUGUAUCUGUCAAUUACCUAGAUAAAAUGUCUACCCUCCAUAUAAUAAAUAAA